UAAACCCUUCAAACCUUUAAAACAUUUAAACCCUUCACUUCUGCGCCCUUGUUGUUUCCUUCUCCACCCACGGCGGAACAAAAUUCUCCGAACCAACGUCUGAGCCGAAGUCCGAGCCUUCAAAUUCAAUGGAAGAAGAUCACACGGAGUCAUUCAAGGAUGGUUCGGACCUCUGCCAGCAGCUCAUGGACCGCUACGCCAACUCUGCUGCGCCUCAGCACCGCCACCUCCUCGCCACUGCCGCUGCCCUGCGCUCCAAUAUCGCUACCGAGUCUCUCCCACUUACGCCGCCCGCAUACUUCGCCGCCGCCAUCUCCACCCUCGACGCCGCGGAGGCGCUGGACCCCGUUGCCCUCUCCGCCCUGGUGUCAUUCAUGGCCAUCGCCCUCCCCCUCGUGCCGCCCGGCGGCAUCGCGGCGUCGAAGUCGCACAAAGCUUCGGAGAUCCUCGUUGCAGUUCUGGCCAGGGAGGGUGAGGAGUUGGGCGCUGCGUGCAUGAGGGCCAUGGUGAAGUGCUUGGGGGUUUUGAUUGGCUUUUGUGAUUUAGAGGAUUGGGACGGAAUCAAAUUCGGCUUUGAAGCAUUGCUCAAGUUCUCCAUUUGCAAGCGCCCCAAGGUACGCAGAUGUGCUCAAGAAGCUAUGGAGAAGGUUUUCAAGUCUAUCAAAGCCUCCACGGUUACCAACGAAGCUAGCAAGUUGGUUUUGUCAGAGCUGAAAAGUUGUAGUGCUUUGGCACUGAAGUUAAGUGCUUCGAGGACUUUUGAUGGAUGUAAAGAAGAUAAGGUUUUGAAUCAUCUGGAGGUCCUACAUCUUAUGAAUUUAAUUAAUCUCAUUGCUCCAUAUCUAUCUACGAAAAUGAUUCUGAGAGUUCUUUCAGAAGUGCAUAAAUUAUUUAGUUUUAUGUCUUCGGAACUUGCAAGGCAUGCACUUAAAACUAUUGAAGCUAUUUUUGAAGCUUUUAGAAUAAAAAAUAUAGUGCUAGAGAAAGAGGACAUUGUGGUUUCUCUUACUUCAUUUGUAUAUUUGAGGGAUAAGAACUCUUUGGAUACUGUGAUUUUGGCAUCAAAACUAUUAGGAGUUGCAAUGGACUUACUUUAUAAUGGACAAUCAAGCUUGUGGAUCAAGAAUCUCCCUCCAGUUUGCAGAUCUGUGAUUGGUCUUCUAAAUUUUGAGGGAAACACUGCAUCACAAGCUUCAAAUAUUUUGAAGGAUGUGCUAAAGCAUCAUAUUAGUCACUUAAGCGUGUUGAUGGGUACAGAUCAAACAUUUAUUGAUGGUAGUCUGGAACGUGUCAAAGCAGAUGCAAUAGAAUCAACAUGUGCUGUUUUUGAGGAUGCCCUUUCUUCUACUGAUGGAAUUCCAAAUGAGCAUGUUUUGUCAGUCAUAUCUGUUUUAUUUCUCGAGCUUGGAGAAUUCUCAUUUAUGUUGAUGAGGAACAUUGUGCUUAAGCUUGCUGACUUGAUGGUUCAAAUUUCCGGAGGCAAGGUUCAUAAUGAGCAUCUUCAGAAAUGCAUUGGGUGUGCUGUUUAUGCUAUGGGUAUAGAGAAAUUUCUUUCACUUGUACCUAUAUCCCUUGAUGAACACAGCUAUACUUAUUCAAAUAUUUGGCUACUACCAAUCUUGAAGCGCUAUGUCAGUGGUGCAUCACUUUCAUACUACAUGGACCAUAUCAUGCCUCUUGCCAAGUCCUUUAAGAAGGCUAGUCGAAAAGUCAGAAAGUCAGAGAUUAGUCAGGAAAUGAUGGCCUGUGCUCAUGACCUUCGGGGACUGCUGCCUGCCUUUUGUCGUCAUGCAACUGAUACUUACCAAAAUUGUACUCGUCUCUCUGAUGUCCUUAUUACUUUUCUUAAGAAGGAUCCUUCCAUGCAUCAAAAUGUUUCCAAGGCAUUGCAGAUUCUUGUAAAUGAGAACAAAGCUGCACUUAGCCCUAAAAAGAGUAUGGAAGAUUGCCUUGGUGAAUAUGAUUUUCUAUCGGAGUUCAGCAUGCAACCUACUUAUUCAAAGAAAGCUGCUACCAAAAACAUAAAGUCAUUGGCGUCUUGUUCAAAUCAGUUGUUGUAUGUUUUAUCAGAUUUAUUUAUCAGUUCACUUCCUGAAGCACGCUUAUCUUUAAAGGGAGCAAUUGGGUGCCUAGCGUCUGUCACUGAUUCUUCUGUAAUCAAAGAGCUUCUUCUGUCUCUGCUUAAGAGGUCUCAACUUGUAGAUUGUGAAGGUGAAGCUAAAGUAUUGUCAAGUCCUGGAGAGGUAGACAGUGAUCAAAGUGACUUGAAGGGAUGCUCUCAGAGGUGUCUGAUAUUGGAAAUGGUAUCUUGCCUAGUUGAAGGAGCAAAGGAUGAUCUGCUUGAGAAAAUUUAUAAUUUAACCAUACAUUCAUUUCAGGAAAGUGAUGAGAGUGUUCAUCUCGAAGCAUACAACACAUUGAGAAAAAUUUUGGAGGAGAAUCCAUGCUUCUCUUCUUCUCGAUACGUUGAGCUAAUUGAUUUAUUACAUGGAUUAAAACCUCCAACUGCAAUUACAUCUCUUAGAAGUCGAUAUUCUUGUUUUCGCCUGCUGAUGGUACAUGCAAUGAAGGCUAAUUUAGAAGAAGAGGAGAACUCGAAGGUUUUUCUUAUUCUCAAUGAAAUUAUUCUCACAUUAAAGGAUGGCAAGGAUGAAACUAGGAAAGAAGCAUAUGAUUUGCUCAUAAAUUUAAGUUCUACCCUGAGAGACUCAUUAUGUGUUGGUUCUAUUGAACCAUAUCACAAACUAGUUAGCAUGAUAAUGGGAUACCUUUCUGGAUCAUCUCCUCAUAUAAAAAGUGGAGCAGUGUCUGCGCUGUCUGUAUUGGUAUACCAGGAUACAAGUCUUUUAAUAUCUGUUUCAGGCCUUGUCCCCUCUCUUUUAUCUCUGCUGCAAACCAAAGAUGUGGAAAUCAUAAAAGCUGUCUUGGGCUUUGUUAAAGUGAUGGUAUCUAGCUUACAAGCAAGGGAGCUGCAGAAUAUUUUGUCAGAUGUUAUUACUGAAAUCCUCCCCUGGUCGUCUGUCUCAAGACAUCAUUUUAGAUCAAAGGUCACUGUUAUAUUUGAAAUAUUAUUACGGAAGUGUGGUUCUGCUGCUGUCAAACUGGUUACCCCGGAGAAAUACAAGUUUUUUCUCAAGACUGUUCUAGAGAACCGGCAUGGCAAAUCAAGUGAAGCAGUCACUAAAGAUUCAGAAAAUAUCCCUCAAGAUUCUUUUACCAAGAGGCCAGAGUGGAGGAAGCCUGGAAGAGCAGCUACCCCAGAUAAAGAUUCAAUAAAGAGCAACAAAAGAAAGAGAGACAACAAAUUUGAGACAGUCAAGCCUGGCCAAAAGGAACCAUUUAAAUCUACCAGUAGUGAUGGAUUAAGUUUACCCAAGAGAAGUAGGCCAGAAGAAAGUAGAAAAGGCAAGAAAAGUGGGAACAAAAGUUUCAUUGGUGGUGGUGGGAAGAGAAACGUGAAGAUGUCCAGCACUCAAAAUUUUAAAGCACCUUCGAAGUCACACAAGCUAAAAAGGAAAUUCCAAAGAAAUUAAUAGAUGAGUCGAAUACUGAAGCUGGUGAAACACUUCUUAGAUGUCAUAUUCCCUGAUUGUGUAGGGUUGACAGUGCCAUUUUAUAUAUGUAACUGCAUAUAUAGCUUGGGAGAUGAAAAGUGAAGGAUACAGGAUUUCUUCUUUCCUGUUGAACAACCACUAUAGAGAGGAAGUUGUCACUUUAUUGGGAUGACAUGCUGGAAUCUACUGAUUGAGAAAAUGAAGUUCUGCUUACUGUAUGCAUUUUUGUUGCUGGAGAAGUUAUGUUUUUGGUGAGCGAAGCUGCCGUAAUGGAUGUAUUGUCGUGGUUGAUUAUGUAAAUGGCUACGUGUUGCUGCCAUCUUUUGCCCUCGGCAGGAUUUUUCCCAAGGUGCUAGUUCUCACUAGAUAUUGUAUGUCUUAACGAAGGAUACCUUGACCUAUUUUCCAUAUAUUUGCAAAGUUGUCAAACAUAA